AUGAAGCUGGUUUUCACUGCCCGGACAAAAAAUUAUAGCGGAGCUGAGCUUGAAGGUGUUGUGAAAAGUGCAGUAUCAUAUGCCCUGAAUAGGCAACUGAGUAUGGAUGAUCUUACCAAGCCAGUGGACGAGGAUAAUAUAAUAAUUACCAUGGAUGAUUUUUUGAAUGCCCUUCAAGAAGUAAUUCCAGCAUUUGGUGCUUCCACAGAUGACCUAGAACGUUGCAGGCUUAAUGGCAUCAUGGAAUGUGGUGCACGGCAUGACCACAUUUACCAAAGGACUAUGUUGUUGGCCGAACAAGUUAAAGUUAGUGAAGGAAGCCCACUCGUUACUUGUCUCCUUGAAGGCCCAAGUGGCAGUGGGAAAACUGCAAUGGCAGCAACAAUUGGCAUUCAAAGUGAUUUCCCGUAUGUUAAGAUUAUAUCUGCUGAAACAAUGAUUGGACUCAGUGAACCUACAAAAUGCGCUCAGAUUGUUAAGGUAUUUGAAGAUGCUUAUAGGUCUCCUCUAAGUAUAAUCAUCCUUGAUGAUAUAGAAAGACUAUUGGAGUAUGUUGCAAUUGGGCCUCGCUUCUCAAAUUUAAUUUCGCAGACAUUGUUGGUGCUCCUGAAACGGCUUCCACCUAAGGGAAAAAAGGUUCUUGUUAUUGGGACUACUAGUGAAGCCAAUUUCCUGGAUUCGGUUGGAAUUCGAGAUUCAUUCUCAGUCACCUACCAUGUCCCGACGUUGAAGACCGAAGAUGCCAAAAAGGUGUUAGAGCAACUUAAUGUUUUCUCGAGUGAUGAUAUUGAUUCUGCUGCAGAGGCUUUAAAUGAUAUGCCCCUCAAGAAGCUGUACAUGGUUGUUGAGAUGGCAGCUCAAGGAGAACACGGUGGAAAUGCCGAAGCCAUCUACUCUGGCAAAGCCAAGAUUAACAUUUCCCACUUUGACGACUGCCUUCUGGAUAUCGGCCGGUAUUAGAGUGGACCCCACAUUGUCUCCGGCAAUCAAAGGCUUGUGAUCUAGACACAGUGCAAGAUGUUGUGGGUUUUUAUUUUUGCUUUGCCACUUUCUCAUCUUAUUUGGUUUCCACAUUUUGCAUACAUCAAUUUCAUGUGAUGCUGAAUGAAUCGAAACUUUCCAAGUAGGAGAGGAUUCUGACCAA